UUUCUAUCUUUUGGAGUUUUUAGCGUCUUUAACCCCACCACCCUGCCACCUUCACCUUGGGACCCACCUGCGCGGCCCAGACUUCUGGGUAUCGGAUUAUUUCAAACAUUGAGCUAAGUGGAAAUCUCGAGAAUUACUUGCCUGUAACUUAUUCAACCUUAAUUUUUUAAACUCUACCUACCUAGGUACCCAUCCAUCCUUUCGUUUUCAACGUCAAUUCCUGCAUUGCGCAGCCCUUAAAAAACGUCUGCGCAUAAUCCCAUCGCAGGCUUCUGUCAAUUUUGACACCGGAUAUUAUCUAACUUUUUUUUUUCGACUGUCGCGACAUUUAGUAAAUAAAAAUGGACGACACGGAACGACGCACCGCAAAACGAUCUCGGUUCGAUCAGACCGAACCCGAACCGCGCCGCUCUCGAUUUGAUCGUAGGUCGCGUUCCCCACCAGCGAAGAGAUCUGAUCAUGGUCGCGAUGGUCGUGAACGUAGUCCGUUGGGUAAGGAUGGAGAGAACAACACGCAUAGCUCUAAGAAGAGUCCCAUCGACCCAGCAGCAGCAGCAGCUGCCGCCGCCGCUAAGAUCAAUGCGCAAAUCCAGGCGAAGAAGGGUAUCCAGCACGUGGAUGUACCCCCCAUCAAGUCAACAUCUUCAGCGUCUCCCGGUCCGAACGCCCCGAGCACCCCCGGCGGAAACAAUUCCAACAAUAUAAAUGGUGAGAUGUAUAUUGCCGACGGCGACUAUAUCAAGGAUAUCGAAGUAAACGACCUGCGAAACCGAUACCUGCUCACGAAGAGUUCUACACAGAAGAUGAUUAAAGAAGAAACCGGAGCUGAUGUCACGACACGAGGCAAUUACUACCCGGAUAAGAGCAUGGCGACGCCAUCGAACCCCCCACUGUACCUCCACAUCACCAGCACGUCCAAGACGGGACUCGAAGCUGCUGUUGCUAAGAUCGAGGAAUUGAUGAAGCAAGAACUCCCGAAUCUGGUUGACGAGCGACGAUUCCGACGUCGAGACCAAGAACAGGUGGAACGUGACGAGUUUGGACGGCGUAAAUGGCCGGAGGCGAAGAUCCCGAUUGGCCUCGAAGAGAUCCGUGGUUUUAACCUCAGGGCUCAGAUCGUCGGGCAUGGUGGUUCCUACGUGAAGCAUAUCCAGCAAGAGACCGGAUGUCGUGUCCAGAUCAAAGGGCGAGGGUCAGGCUAUCUUGAGGCUUCAACUAACCGUGAAAGCGAUGAUGACAUGUACCUCCAUGUUGCUGGUCCCGAUCCUAAGAUGGUCGAGAAAGCCAAGGAGUUAUGUGAAGACUUGAUCGCGAACGUAAAAGAACAGUAUGAGGAGUUCAAGAGCCGACCUCCACGUCAGCAUUUUGGUGGCCACGGUGGCCACGGUGGUCAUGGUGGUAAUUACGGCGAGAGGUCUUAUGGUGAUCGAUCUUACGGCGGUGACAGAUAUGGUGAUAGACAAGGAAGUGGUUCGGGCUCCUACGGUGGAUACGGUGGUUACAAUAAUUCACCCAAUCCUGCCGCAAGCUCGGCCUCCCCUGCACCUCCAGCUCAAGGCAGCCCACAGAACGCUAACAGCGAUUAUGCUGCCCAAUACGCGCAGUAUUACGGUGGUCAAGACCCCUAUGCGGCAUAUGGUGGUUACGCAGCAUAUGUGCAAUAUUAUCAACACUAUUAUGCCGCUGCGCAAGCCGCUCAGCAAGGUUCACCAACGCCGCCAGUUCCUGGUGCUUCCGUUACCCCUCCACCUCCUCCGCCCAGCGAAGCCCCUCCGCCGCCGCCUCCCGGAGGAUCUGCACCACCACCUCCUCCUCCUCCGCCACCAGGUGCAGGAAGUUACGGUGCAGUCCCUCCUCCCCCUGGAUUAUAAUCAAGACUUGAUCUUGGAGAUGCAUAGGACAUGACAUACCUUCUCUAUUUUAUCAAAGGGGAUUCGUAGUAUUAAAAGAGAUAAUAAGAUAUUUGAGGAACGCGAUCGCAUGGGCUGAAUCAAGUCAUGGUUAUGGGGUGUACGGCUUUGUCAGAGGUAGCUCGCCCCGCACAUCAGUCUAGGUAGUACCAUUUGAUAUUGGUUUUUGCUGAGCAGCAUAGGUAUUAUAUUUGUUGAGCCGGUAUCCAUCCGAGUUACCUAAAGCCAUAGCUGUAUGUGUUAUACCACCUGCUUACCUAAUGUAAUUUAGCUCUCAUCUCAUUCAUUAAUGCGAUAGGCCAGGUCCGCUUGUCCUUCAAUGUACGUAAUGUACCUAAUGCAGCCAUGCCAUAGCUAUCAACACCUGUCUUAUCGAUAAGCUUACGUCACUUUACCAAGAAUCCAACACCGCCAAAGAGUCG